GCAUCGGCACAGAGGAAUCUACAUACUUACACAUUCCUAUAUAUUGAUUGGGUAAGAACAUCUUUACGUUACUGUGACUCUUAUAAAUAUAUAUUUAUGAAAUCAUGUUUGCGUGCUAUGCCUCAGUUUGGCGUAAAUAAUUUUACUUGACUUUAUGGCAUGUUUUUAUUCGAGAUCAACCAGUCGACUUCUACUUCUACUGUAGUUUGACAGAUGAAGGUCAAUCAGAGUCUGAUGGCGGCUCUGACUGAGAACAUGCUGAUCGUCAACAUGUUACUGAGUGUCUUCUUUCUUCCAGGUGCUUUGGCUGAUUACUGUGGUCCUAAUAUACCAGCCCUCAGGAUCACUACACCAAAUAAAAUGGAAGCUCUGACUGGAUCUUGUUUGCAAAUCCCAUGUACCUAUGAGACAUAUCAUCCUACAUAUAACAGCAGUAAAACUAUCUAUGGAAUUUGGAUGAAAGGUGGUGUAAAUUUUGGCACAGAUAGAGAUAAAGUUAUUUUCAACAGCAGUGGGUUAAUUAACAGCUAUUCACUGAAUAUUACUGGAAACCUGAAAGAGAAAAACUGCACCACUCUGUUUCCUAAUCUAACAACAAGUCAUACAGACAAAUACUUCUUCAGAGUUGAGAACGGUGACUACAUGGCAUCAGGUUGUGCUGAUCCUCUUCAAAUAACAGUUAAAGAUUCUCCUUGGAGUCCCAGCAUUAAUGUUCCCUCUGACCUGAAGGAGCAUCAGUCUGUCACUGUAACCUGCUCAGCUUUCACUCCCUGUCCACAAUCACCUCCUGAACUCACCUGGAAUCUCCAACAAGACUCUCUCAGACAAACAGAGAAAAACACAAAUGGAACCUUUACAACUAAAAUCCAGAAGAACAUCACUCUGUCAGACACACAUGAUGGACACAACAUCAGCUGUUCUGCCAGAUAUCUUGUGAUUGGAGGAAACAAGACAACAGAGACAGAAGUGACUCUCAGUGUUUCAUAUGCUCCUAGAAACACCUCAGCAUCCAUCAGUACAUCAGGUUUGGUGUCAGCAGGUAGCAGGGUGGAGCUGAACUGCUCCAGCAGAGCCAAACCUCCACCCAGCUUCACCUGGUUCAGGAACAACAAAGAUGGAGUCACUAAUGUGUCCAUGGGGCCCGUUUACGGCUUGAAUGUUACUGAGGAAGGAGAGUUUUAUUGUGUGGCCAAAAAUGAUUUAGGAAAUGAAACAUCAUCAAGGAUCUGUGUCAGUAUUAAAGAUUCUCCUUGGAGUCCCAGCAUUAAUGUUCCCUCUGACCUGAAGGAGCAUCAAUCUGUCACUGUAACCUGCUCAGCUUUCACUCCUUGUCCACAAUCACCUCCUGAACUCACCUGGAAUCUCCAACAAGACUCUCUCAGACAAACAGAGAAAAACACAAAUGGAACCUUUACAACUAAAAUCCAGGAGAACAUCACUCUGUCAGACACACAUGAUGGAUACAACAUCAGAUGUUCUGCCAGAUAUCCUGUGAUUGGAGGAAUCAAGACAGCAGAGACAGAAGUGACUCUUAGUGUUUCAUAUGCUCCUAAAGACACCUCAGCAUCCAUCAGUCCAUCAGGUUUGGUGUCAGCAGGUACCUGGGUGGAGCUGAGCUGCUCCAGCAGAGCCAAACCUCCACCCAGCUUCACCUGGUUGUGGAUCAGCAAACAUGGAGCCACUAAUGUGUCUGUGGGGCAGGUUUACAAAUUCAACUCUACUGAGGAAGAAAAGUUUUACUGUGUGGCUACAAAUGAUCUGGGUCAACAAAAAUCAUCUGUAAUUCUUGUUGAUAUUAAAGAUGAUCAAUCAUCUGAAUUCCAGAUCCUUAAUAUAUUGAAGAUCCUGGGGAUUGUAUUGCUCUGCACUAGCAUCAUCAUCUUUGAGUGGUGGUUCAGAUUCUCCAAGAAACCAAAGAAGAAAACAGAGGAGCUAAUCUAUGUCAACAAUAUGGUGAUGACUAAAGCAUCAUGAGCUGAAAGGAGACCAGGAAGAUGCCAAGAAGAGGAGAGAGAUGAUUUUUUUUUAUUAUCCAUCGAUUUUUCUUUCCAAUUGUUCAAAUUGUUAAGAGGCUUUUUCCUAUCUGCAAGACCCAGUUGCUGAAAGGCUGGAUAGACCCUGAAAGGAUCUCCAGUCCAUCACAUCACCAAGGCCUCUUCACAGUGGGAGGAUUUAUUAUUUCUAUCCAUCCAUCUAGUGUUUUUGUCCAGUUGUUAAAGUUUGUGUCUCAAGAGGCUGUUUCCUAUCUGCAAAGGCCAGAUGAUGAAAGGCUGGAAACACUGUUCAUCACAUCUCCAGUCGUUGUGUUUAGACAUGAUUUAUUAUUUCUUGAUACUUGUUUCUGCAUUUAGAUGUGAUGAUACCUAUGGAGUAAAUAGUAAUGCUUUUGUGGAUCACCGAGCGAUUAAAACAGCUGUAAAAAAUGCUAAAAAAUAAAGAGGUGGUGGGAGUGAAGCAGAACUUCUGCUGAAUGUAAAAGUUUCGUCUCUAAACAGGUGAAGUAGAUUUAUUUUUAAUAGCUGGCUUUCUCUUUAUUACUGCUUCAUACAGGCUUGUGUGGUUUUAAUUUUUUACUGAUUUAAAAAAAAAUUAUACUGGAUAUUUCUGCUGACAUGAAAUGUGAAGCAUAAACGUCACCAGUCUUGUAUUUUUUUCUGUUUCAGAUGUUUAAAUGAGUAAAUGUAAUAUCAGGGAAAUUUUAAUCAGCUGUUGUUUCCUGCUAUCAGUGCAUGAAAUCAUUCUCAAGCAGGCAGAACAAAUAUAGCUACAUAUAUACAUGUAGCUAUAAACACAAACUAUUUUCCUUGACUCUGUAAAU